GCAAUAGGUGAGCGUGCAGAGAUCUACCCUAUAUAGUUCCACGGCUGCUAAUUCAGUACCAAGUUACUCGGUGAACAAGAACCGAUUUGGGUGUUUGUGUUCGAAGAGUAUCAAUUCGUUGCAGAAUUGGUGGGUUAGACGUUACUACGGUGUGCGCUAGAGGCCAUCCCGCGACCCCAGUCAGCGAAGACUGAUGGUUGCGCGCCUAUGGAAUACCAAACACGACAUUUCUAGCUGAAGACGCGAAGAAGAUUUUGUUAGCGAGGAGUUUACGAAGGGAAGAAGGACACCAUGACGCCCGACCCAGCUCGGGAGAUGAUGCGGUCCGGCAUCGACAUCGGGAGCUACGGCGACAUCCAGACGGACGAAGAUGUCGCGCUGGACCCGCUGACCUACAAUGACAUCCGCAAACGCCGCCGGGGUUUCCGCUACGCCAAGUCGCUCAAGGUCAUCAUACCCGUCCGGCCGUCCCCCAAGGGAAGAUAUGCCGUCUUCGACAAAUACGGCUUGCUGUCCUUUAUUUUCGCCUCCUACAUGAGCGAGAUUUUCAUGAAGGCCUACACCCGCUUGCUAGUCGCCGACGAUCUCUUUCCCAUCUCUCCGACGGACACUGCCACAAUGGCCGGUCUUAAGGUGGAAGAGCUGUGGAACAAACAAAUCAAAGAGAAAGGCCUAAAGGACGCUUCGCUGGCAAAAGUGGUGCUUAAGUUUAUUCUGACCCGUCACAUCGUAGGUUUCCUGUUUGGCUUCACCGCCAUCUGCUUGAGCUUCUUUGCCGGGUCCUUCGUCAUCGGGCAGCUUCUGGGCUAUGCCGGAAGGACGGAUAGUACAAACUGGAGGACAGCGAUAAUGUGGGUCGGGAUCCUGGUGGGCUGUAACUUGCUGCGCACCGUGAUCGACUCCAUCCACUGGAGCACCAACUUGAGGACAGCCACUCGUGCCAGGUCCGGCAUCCUGUCCAUGGUCUUCAAACGGGUCGCUUCUUUGCGCACCCUCCAGGACAAGAGUGUCGGCGAGGUCGUCAACGUCUGCGCCAACGAUUCCCAACGGAUCUUCGAUGCCAUCGUCUUCACGAAUUUUCUGAUCUUCUCCAUCUUCCUGAUCGCGGCCAUCUUGGGAUACGGCUACUAUGUGGCGAGUUGGCCCGCAAUCGUCGGCGUGCUCGCAACCUUCAUCAUCUUUUGGCCCCUAACCAUCGUUUUGGGGAAGUUGCAGUCCAUGAUCCGGCAGAAGAGCAUCAAAGUGACGGACCUGCGGGUUCAGAAGAUGAACGAGCUACUCACCUACGUCAAGUUGAUCAAGAUGUACGCGUGGGAGGUACCCUUCUCCAAGGACAUUGCGAUGAUACGGAAGAAGGAGCGAGGUUAUUUGGAGAAGGCGGGUUACUUGUCGAGCAUGACUGCCGCUGUUUUCCCGGUGACCCCGAACGUGGCCACUGUUCUCACCAUCGUUAUUGUCGUCCUGACUAGGGCCAUCGACGAUCUAGAUUCAGCCAAGGCUUUCACUCUCGUGUCUGUCUUCAACUCGCUGGGCUUGGUCUUGGGGCCCACACCCUGGGCCAUUCGUGCGCUCGCUGAGGCCAAGAUUGCCAUCGACAGGCUGCGGAGCAUCUUGAUUAUGGAACCUGCCGUCCCAAUCAGCCGCAUGGAGAAGAACGACGACUACGGCGUCAUCAUCAAGGAUGCCACCUUUGCCUGGGACAAGGUGAAGGACGACAAUGCGCCUGCUGACUCCGGCACUGCCGCUGACAACAAGCAGGAGAACCCCAUCUACGCCAAGCCCACCAAGAGGACCCCCCGUGAAGAUUUCAGCGUCCAGGUGGAGUUGGAGGACCUGUCCAGCUCGGACGAAGAAGGAAGUGAUUCCUCGUCUCACGGAAGCACCACCCCACUCCCAAAAGUCGGCAACGACAUCCCUAUGAAGAAGAGAAAGGAGGCACCGUCUUCCAAGGAGGAGGAGCCUAAUAGCGUGACCGACUGCAAGCGACGCAAGAGCUGGAACAGCACUGAGAUCGAUCAGCUGAUUGAAGGGGCAAGGCACGCCCCGGUCAAGCCUCUGAAUCGCUCCCAGAUUGUGGAUACACUCUUCGAUAUCAACUUUAUUCUCCCCAAGGGGAAGCUGACGGGUGUCUGCGGGGGCGUGGGCAGUGGCAAGACCUCCCUGGUGUCGGCCAUCCUGAACAACAUGCACCGCCCCAAGGGGCACUGCGUGGUGAGCGGCUCCAUCGCUUACGCUGCCCAGGAAGCUUGGCUCUUCAACGCCACGCUCCGGGAGAACAUCCUCUUCGGCCAGCCGUACGACGAGGACAAGUAUGACCGUGUCAUCUGGGCCUGCAGCCUGAAGAUGGAUCUGGAGAUUCUCCCGUUUGGGGAUCAGACAGAGAUUGGCGAGCGAGGACUGAACAUGAGCGGCGGGCAGAAACAGCGGAUCAGUCUGGCCCGUGCCCUGUACUCGGACCGUGAUGUCUACCUACUGGAUGACCCUCUCAGUGCCGUCGACGCCCACGUGGGGAAGCAUAUCUUUGAGGAGUGCAUCAGCGGUGCCCUCCGAGGGAAGACGGUGCUGUUUGUCACCCACCAACUUCAGUACCUCAAAGACUGUGACGUCGUGGUCACCAUGGAGGAGGGCCGCAUCGCCGAGCGUGGCACCCACGAGGAGCUGAUGGCCAAGGGAGGCCUGUACGCCAACCUCAUUGAAACCUUCCACACCAAACAGGAGGACCAGGAGUCCGACAAUGAGGAUGUGACACAGGAGAUGGGCCGCAGGCUGACCCGCGCGCUCAGUGUCCUCAGCACCCGCUCCCGGGCCGACAGCGUGCUGAUGCCACUGUCCGAGACAGAGACCGAAGGCCAGGCCGGGCAAGCGCCCCCUGCCAAUGAUGGUACACUGAUCACGGAAGAGGAGACCGGAUCGGGUAAGGUGAAGCUUGAGACAUACCUCGGCUACAUGAAGGCUAUGGGGGGUGUGUUCCCUGUUCUCCUGUCUCUCUUUGUGUUUGUCGUGAUGAUGGCCAUGUUCACCUUCAACAACUACUGGCUGUCAGUGUGGUUGAACGACGACCUGGGAGGCUUCACCGAUGAGCAAAAACAGAACGGCACCAUGCCACCCAUUGCAGACAAUCCCAAACUGACGAUGUACGUGUUGGUGUACGGCUUGUCCCUGGUCGCCGUGUUCAUCUUAGCGGGAUUCAAGAGCGUCAUCUACAUGAAGGCUGCCUUGUACGCCGCUUCCAGCAUGCACGACACCGUCUUCCUGAAGGUCUUCCGCAGCCCGAUGAGUUUCUUUGACACCACCCCGACGGGCAGAAUCCUCAACCGCUUCUCCAAGGACUUGGACGAGAUCGACACCUUACUGCCGAUGAACGUGGAGGGCUUCAUGACGCAGCUCUUCAACUUCAUCUUCGCCCUGGUCAUGCUGAUGGUGGUCUUCUGGCCGCUGAUCAUCCUCCUGGUGCCCGUCACCGGCAUCUUCUACCUGGUGCUGGUCCUGUACCGCAGCACCAUCCGCAACCUUAAGCGUAUGGAGAAUGUGACCCGCUCCCCCUGGUUCUCGCACAUCAGCGCCACCUCCCAGGGCCUGACCACCGUGCAUGCCUAUGACAAGACCACCGAUUUCAUCAUGAAGUUCCGUGAGCUGCUGGACAACAACUCGUCUCCCCUGAUUAUUUUCCGGUUGUGCAGCCGCUGGGCCGGCAUCCGGCUGGACCUGCUGGUGGUGACGGUCCUUGCCACGGUCAGUACGGUGGUCGUCUUCAUGCCGAACGCCUUCUCCGCGGCCUCGGCCGGCCUUGCCAUCACCUACACACUCCGGCUGACAGCCUGCAUGCAGAUGCUGAUCCUGAUGGCAUCGGAGGCCGAAGCUCGCUUCACCUCGGUGGAGCGCGUCCUCGCCUACAUGAAAGGCCUGGAGAUGGAGGCCGCCCUGACCAUCAAGGAUAAGAAACCGCCCGACAGCUGGCCACAGCGCGGAGACAUCCGCUUCAAGCGGUACCAGAUGCGAUACCGCGAGGGCCUGCCCCUGGUCAUCCGCGGCAUCUCGCUGCACAUCCGGCCCAAGGAGAAAGUCGGCAUCGUGGGCCGCACAGGCUCAGGGAAAUCCUCCCUGGCUGUUGCCCUCUUUCGGCUGUGCGAGGGAGCGGCUGGCGACAUCAUCAUCGACGACGUCAACAUCCGCGAGAUCGGACUGCACGAUCUGCGCCAGAAGGUCUCCAUCAUUCCCCAGGACCCUGUCUUGUUCAUUGGGACCGUCAGGUACAACUUGGAUCCCUUUAAGCAGCAUUCAGAAAAGAACAUCUGGCAAGCCCUCAAGCGCUCGUACAUGGCCGACAAGAUUGGAUCACUAGAGGGCAAGCUGGACGCCCCUGUCGUCGAGGGUGGAGAUAACUUCUCCGUUGGAGAGCGCCAACUCUUGUGCAUGGCCAGAGCUCUGCUUAGGAACAGCAAGAUCCUUAUGUUGGACGAGGCCACGGCUGCCAUUGACACGGAGACAGACUCGCUGAUCCAGGCCACUAUCCGUGAGGCCUUCAGUGAAUGCACUAUGCUGACCAUCGCCCACCGGCUCAACACCAUCAUGGACUCGGACCGCAUCCUGGUCAUGGAUGACGGCAGGGUUGCAGAGUUUGACAGGCCGUCUGUCCUGCUGUCUAAGCCCGACUCUCACUUCAGCCGCAUGGUGGCCGCCGCAGAAUCGUCGGAAGACUGAGCCUAAUCACUCUGCAGAUGUGAUAUUAUGCAAGCAGUAAAUGAUGCGUUCAUUUAAAUAACUGAUUAAUUGAUCACGUAACCGACAAUACGGCUGAAACGCUGUCUGUGAACAGGCGGGAUCACUUUGGAAGACCUCAACCGAAUCUCUGAAAUACUCGAACAUCCACUGGCAUUCUCGCAUCACUAGCGGGAGUCUUCUUGUCCAGUUUUUGCAGAUGAUAAUGAAUUUCGAGCUGAAAUGAGUAAAAUAUACAUUCUUUUAUUUGUCUUAGGAAGUCUUACACCGAAAUAAGUGACCAGCAGUAUAUGUACUUCGUGUCAUUUAAACAUAAACCAGGACUGUACUGCAAUCGUGUAAGUUGUUUUGGAGCCUUUAAGAGAAGGAAAUCAGAUGUAAACCACUUAAAUAUCGCUGGACAACUUGUAUUCGUUCAUGGAUAAUUAGUACUUUUUAGAAAGAUAAAGGAACCUUCUCGAUUAGUGACUGUAUGUUGCUAGUCCUUCAAUCUGAAUACGCUCAAUCAGCAAGUAAGUUUCACUGCAUUAACCAAUAUCAGUUAGUUUUUAAAAGCAUUACAACCAUUCACCGUAGUUGGUCUAUAAAGUCAUCAAGUUUAUACUUUUUUCUAGAUACGAACGUGCAUUGAUAUCUAAAUACUGAUAGUUGAUAACCUGUAGGCGGAGUAGUUCCUUAGAGUAAAAGAAUCCACUGAAAUAGAACUCUUUUGACUUGCGUCCUAAAAUGUCGUAUGGGGGUAAUUACAACUUUGAUGAAGUACAAAUGUAACUCCCAAGUAAAGAGUUUGUUAGCGUCUAUCAUAAAUAUACUGUCAGUUGCGCAACAUGUGUGAAUAAUCUUUGCUUUGAAUUAAUCUUAAAUGCAGUUCAAAGAUAGUAGGUUAGUCUUUUCAUUUCUAGUACUAUGCAUUUGUACAUGUUCAACGUGUUAACCGUAGUCUUAGUCUCGCAACUUUAUGUAAAAAGCAACUUCCCAAAAGGUAAAAUUGUCAACAUGGACCCUCCAUCAUCUUUUUGGUAGGCAUGAUAAUUUACACAAUGAGCGACUAACUUAUGUCAAGACUAGUAAUGCUAGUCAAACCGUACUAUAUUUCUCAACGUUCAGUGUCAUGUCGAUAAUGUCUUCACGAUGAAAAAGAAAAAAAAAAGCAUGCCUAAGUCCGAUCAUUAGUUUCAUAAGGCACUGCUCAGUGUUCCACCAAUUUAAAAAAAUUCAACCAACAAUGACUGAACUUUCUGAUUAGAGGCUUCCGCGACAUAGUUUAUCUACGUUGCGGGGCUAGGUACAGGAUGGUUAAAGACAUUGGCAUAUAAUCCCGAGGGGAUAGGGGUAAUAUAUAACCCCUAUCUUUUGACAGGGGAGGAUGGGUCAUUGAAUCAUCACCCCAAUAUUUCGUGUUGAGAAAAAUAUUAAAGCGGCUUGUGAAAAAUUAUUUGGACUUCCCAACAAACAAAAAUGUAUUCAUUAGCACUCAAAAAGGAAGAACAUUUUUUAAUAAUGUGAUCAUUCAAAACUAUCAAAUAUAAAUUUCAGGCAAAUUCACGGUUUAUUGAAUAGUCAGAAAACAUCACCAAAAAACAAAAACAAUAAACUUGAAAUAACUGAAAUCACAUUUUUUGAUUAUUUGGAAAAACACAUGUACGUGUUGUUCUAAAGGUCUGGAAACAACCGCCAACUUGUAGAUUAACCAUAAAAAUAGCCGUUUUUAAAUUUAAA